AGAUGGUUGAAAGUUUCUUUGGUUUAAAAUUCAUGACAUCAUUGUAUCAUUGCCUUUGCUCGUCUUGUUAAUUGUGGCAGCUUCUCUCACCCCCCAACUUCCCAGAGGUACACAGGUUUUGAUUUUGAUGUCCAUGAACUCUGGAGGAAGUUGAUCCCUCGAGAUGUAGAGAUAGGCUUGCUCCUGCCUAGUGAUGGGGACCUUGUGACCCAAGAUAUUCAUUCGGAGCAAGUAUGCUUGUUUACUUCCACAUUCUGGUUGAUUGGCCAUUCUGAGAUGCCUGCCUUAAGAUGGAGCUGAUUUCAAGGUGCCACUCAUGAGCCCAUCCUUCCUGCUUAUCGGCUCUAUGAAACCUACAUAGUUAAAACAGCAGGAUGCUUCUCUUGUUGGGUGUGUGAUGAGAAGAAUUUGGCAUUGGAGUGCUGGGAACCUGAGCAGCUGCUGAGGACUCAGAGCCCAGCCCUGACCAUUAGUGAGCCCACAACACAAUGAACAAAUUGAACUUCCAUAACAACAGAGUCAUGCAAGACCGCCGGAGUGUGUGUAUUUUCCUUCCCAAUGAUGAGUCUCUGAAUAUCAUCAUAAAUGUUAAAAUUCUGUGUCAACAGUUGCUGGUCCAGGUUUGUGACCUGCUCAGGCUAAAAGAUUGCCAUCUCUUUGGACUCAGUGUUAUACAAAAUAAUGAACAUGUGUAUAUGGAAUUGCAACAAAAGCUUUAUAAGUAUUGUCCAAAAGAAUGGAAGAAGGAGGCCAGCAAGGUACGACAAUACGAAGUCACUUGGGGUAUUGACCAGUUUGGGCCUCCCAUGAUUAUACACUUCCGAGUACAAUACUAUGUAGAAAACGGCAGAUUGAUCAGUGACAGAGCAGCAAGAUACUAUUAUUACUGGCACCUGAGAAAACAAGUCCUUCAUUCUCAGUGUGUGCUCCGAGAGGAGGCCUACUUCCUGCUGGCAGCCUUUGCCCUGCAGGCUGAUCUUGGGAACUUCAAAAGGAAUAAGCACUAUGGAAAAUACUUUGAGCCAGAGGCUUACUUCCCAUCUUGGGUUGUUUCCAAGAGAGGGAAGGACUACAUCCUGAAGCACAUUCCAAACAUGCACAAAGAUCAGUUUGCACUGACUGCUUCCGAGGCCUAUCUUAAAUAUAUCAAAGAAGCUGUCCGACUGGAUGACGUCCCUGUUCAUUACUACAGAUUGUAUAAGGAUAAAAGGGAGAUUGAAGCCUCACUGACCCUUGGAUUGACCAUGCGAGGAAUACAGAUUUUUCAGAAUCAUUAUGAAGAGAAACAAUUACUAUAUGAUUUCCCCUGGACAAAUGUUGGAAAGUUGGUAUUUGUGGGUAAGAAGUUUGAGAUCUUGCCGGAUGGCUUGCCCUCUGCCAGGAAGCUCAUAUACUACACGGGGUGCCCCAUGCGCUCCAGACACCUCCUGCAACUUUUGAGCAACAGCCACCGCCUCUACAUGAAUCUGCAGCCCAUCCUGCGCCACAUCCGGAAGCUGGAGGAAAACGAAGAGAAGAAGCAGUACCGGGAAUCGUACAUCAGUGACAACCUGGACCUCGACAUGGACCAGCUAGAGAAGCGGUCCCGAGCCAGUGGGAGCAGCGCAGGCAGCGUGAAGCACAAGCGCCUGUCCCGGCACUCUACCGCCAGCCACAGCAGCUCCCACACCUCAGGCAUUGAGGCGGACACCAAGCCCCGGGACCCGGGGCCAGAGGAUAGCUACUCCGGCAGCGCCAUCCAUCGCAAGCUGAAGACCUGCAGCUCAAUGACCAGCCACGGCAGCUCCCACACCUCGGGGGUGGAGAGCGGUGGCAAAGACCGGCUGGAGGAGGACUCGCAGGACGAUGAGAUUGAGAUGUUAGUGGAUGACCCCAGGGACCUGGAGCCGAUGAAUGAAGACUCUCUGGAAGUCAGCCCAGAUAUGUGCAUCUAUAUCACAGAGGACAUGCUCCUGUCCAGGAAGUUGAAUGGGCACUCUGGGUUGAUUGUGAAAGAAAUCGGUUCUUCCACCUCCAGCUCUUCAGAAACAGUGGUCAAACUCCGUGGCCAGAGUACUGAUUCCCUUCCACAGACUAUAUGUCGAAAACCAAAGACUUCCACCGAUCGACAUAGCUUGAGUCUUGAUGACAUCAGACUUUACCAGAAAGACUUCUUGCGCAUUGCAGGCCUGUGUCAGGACACUGCACAAAGUUACACCUUUGGAUGUGGCCACGAACUGGAUGCAGAAGGGCUGUACUGCAACAGUUGCCUGGCACAGCAGUGCAUCAACAUCCAGGAUGCUUUUCCAGUCAAAAGAACCAGCAAAUACUUUUCUCUGGACCUCACACGUGAUGAGGUUCCGGAGUUUGUUGUAUAAAGUCCAUCUGUGUGCAGCCUCAAGGAUAACCUGCUGUUUGCCAGAGGCUGCAGGAGGCUUGGGUUCUUUAUGUAUUACUUGUGCCAUAUUGUCUUUACCCCAAACAUAGCUCUUUCUUUAUAAUAUUUGUGAUGGAAACAAAAGCCUUGGGACAAUUGCACUUUAAGUAUUAUGCAAAGGUAAAAACUAGAGAAUGUACAGCAAGACAAGUGCCCAUGCAAUGACUCUUCAGAAGAAAAUGUGCUUUAUUGGUUUGAAGCCUUUGUACUGGUGGAGUGUGGUAUUUGUUCCUCAUUUGUUGUCUCUUACUUCAGUUAAACAUAACAUCUUUUUAUCAUGUGAAAGAUGUUAGGCUUAUCUGUUUGUUGUGCUUUUUUUAACCCCUCCCUCCUGAAAUACUCUUGGUUUGAAAGAAGACAAAGGGAAGGGUCUCUCUUCUUUGAAUGGAGAGACGGUUGCUUGGUGCGUAGCCACUGCUGCCUCCCGAGGCUCUCCCAAAGUGAACACUAGCAAAUCGAUCAAACUCAUUCUUUGUAGCAAGCCAAAGAUAUGUACAGAAGGAGCACGCGCUCGGAGACAAGAUGAUGCAACUUAAGCAGUACCCAGAAGACUGUAUGUGUUGUGAUGUCUUGUGACCCCUUCACAUCCUUUUCCAGAAAGCUCUUGGGUUCAGUUGAGUUCCUCAUCUUUGUGACAGAUCAGUUAUGCUCAUGACGUAAUUCAUUGUGUAGAGUUUACAAACCAGUGUCUGUUCAAACGGUGGAAAUCUCUCAGAAAAAUGUGUGGGUUUUAGUUUUUGUUUUUUAAUUAACAAGAACAAGUUAAGGUAAUGCUAGUUUCUGCCUAACCAAAAUACCCCAACUCUGUAUGUUAUACAUAUAUAAAUACAUGGAAUUGUGUGUGUUUGUAUGUGUUUAAAGCUUACUGACUUUAUUUUGGCUUCCAUGACUGUGUUGCAUACAGGGAACUCCUUGUUCAGUAUGGAGGAGACGUCACUGGAUGAAUGCUGCCUCGGUAAUCCUUGUCUGUAGUAUAUGUUAGGAGUGACUUUCUCCUCACGUGCCUUUGGCCAUGAUUCUCAGUCUGCGUGCACAGUGGAAUUCUUUGAGGAGCUUUUAAAAAAUAGCAAUGCCGGGGUCCCACCCCAGACCAGUUAAGUCAGUCUCUUUUGGGAAGGACCCAGGUGGGAUUGCCUUUUCUUUUUAAAGUUUUCUACACGGAGCUAAUACGCAACAGGGUUGAAAACCACUGAUCUGCAGGGUCUCUUUUUGUUAAUUUUGAAGUAAAAGUAUACAGAAGAUGUGUAUGAGAAAGGGCCAUUUUUAAGAUUGUAACUGCUGUGCUGCUGUUACGGUGUAUAAUGAAACCAAGUCAAGGGAAUGAACUCAUUAGCCUUUCGACAUACAGUGAAAACACUGCUCGCACUUCACGACAGAACUUCAUAGCACAAUGUCUUUCUACGGGGUGUUUUUAAUGAUUUCGUAUUUUACAGCAUUUGUUUACCAUAUUUUGAUACACCAUUUUUGCUAUCUGCCAACUUUAUUAAAAGCUAUGUGUUAUUUUCUAAAGAAACACUCAUAUUUUUGUACAAAAGUAUGUUUUCAGGUACCAAGAAAUAGAUGUAGGGUAGAGCAGGACGAAGGCAGUGUCACAGUGUCACCCGCAGGUGGGAGUUGGGUUCCGAACAGAGGCAGCGGUGACCCCACCCACCUGUGCAGGGUGGGGGGCAGCAUCCGGGGAGUCUCACCUGAUGCUUUAAAAGAAAAAAAUUCUGCAUAGUUCUGCAUCCAUAAAAUUACUUUGCUUUUAGUAAAUGCUUUUUUAAGAAAAAAAACCAAAGUUUCAGAUAUCAGAAUGUACAAAAGUAUCUCUGUAGAGAAGGAUAAAAAUAUGAAGGGAUGAUUUAAUGACUUCCUUCUCAGUCAUUAAAUAAUCCACUGCUUCUUACAGAUCAGUGCUGGUGCACCUGUGGCUUGCGUGCCGCAGUGGGCUGUUUGUGUCAUUGAAAGCUCUGAAAGGUUCGCCAUCACUGCCUGAUGCUUUAAGAGACAAUCCUGGUGUGCUGGUUCUCUUAAAUAGCCCAGAUCAUGAUGCCGUGUAUUUUCUUAGCCCUUAAUAUUUCUUGCAAAACAUAAAAAGUGUUUAAAUGAACAGGUAGUGCUUUGUACUUUUUCUCUACUUCAGCCAAAAUCAUGUCUUCAGGAUUUUGCCAGCUUUGGUGGUUUUGCACACCCUCUUUCUAAUUGGAUUUAUGAAUAGUCUUGUGGGUUUUCAAAAAUGAAACAUGCCAGGAAACUUAGCUUUUCUUUUUGGCCUACUGUUUGCAAC